UUCCAGAAACCUAAGGAGCCUGCAUUUUGAAUCAAAUUUCAAAUCACAAAUUAAUCAGUAAUAAAAACAAAAACACUUUCUAAACUUUUCAACGAAUGAAUACCAAGAAAAAUGCCUGGAACCCAUGGACAUCCCACGAAUCCUAAGAUCCUACUAAAAUGGAUUAACAUCAUGCUGCGCAGCGACUACCGGUCGAUGUCGGAGCUAAAUAAUGGUGCGGCCUGGUGCAGACUCUUUUAUUGCAUUUAUCCCGACUCCUUCAAUGUAGAGGCUGUGGUGGAUGUGGGUCCCCCUGCCGUGUUGCAGCGGAACUAUGAUAUUUUGAUGCGGACUCUCAAUCGCUUGGGCAUUCCGCGCCAGUUUUGUGUGCAGAAGCUGAUGAAAGGCAACACCACGGAUACCAUCGAGCUGGUUCACUUCUUUAUGGAUCUUUAUGUGCAUAAGAAACUAGCACAGAACCGGCAGAGGCCACAGCCCCAGCUGCAGAGAGGACCGCUUAAGGAGUUUCUUGGCUGGCUGAAAAGAUUAAUUGUGGGAACGUCCAUGGAAGACGAUCCGGAAGCAUACCUGCUGCUGUUCGAGGAAAUGAAUGAUCCGAAGCCCCAGCGGAGGUCCCAGCCCACACAAACCCUUUCCCCUGAGAUGAACCACCGCCUGAGCGGUGGACAGAAAAAGGAGCCAGCACAGCAGCCGCAGCAGCAGCAGCAGCAGCAGCCUGAGGAUCUUCAGGGCCACUCCGAUCAGCGUCGCAAGGACCACGAUGAGAUCCGUCCACUGAUCGACGCCUGCCAUCAGAUGUUGCAGUUCCAGAACGAUAUGGAGGAGCGCUGGCUGGAGUACCGACGCGCCCGUUUGGCCCGGCAGAAGACGAACCAAAGGUUGCACUGAAACUUCUGCCCUCUGGCCGCCUUUCAGCUUUUCUGCCACUUAAUACACUUCCAUUUAAUGGACGGCGCAGAUCUUAAUAGGGUUUUCGCGGCAACGAGCAUCUUCUAUCUUCUGUUUUCUGUCUUCUGUCUUCUGUCUGUUACGGGCCACACUUUUCCUCCCCCCUGUAGCAUGCCUCAAACUUUGUUUGCUUGUAAUUACUUUGACCUUGCGGGGGCACUCUCUGGGAAGUCCUGUGCCCGCACUGUGGGAUUGGCAGGGAGCUUAUGGUCUUAGAUAUUCCCGUUCGAUUCGAUUGUUUCCAUUCGUUCAUCUGUUAAUUUUAUAAUCAAAAUUUGUUAGAUAUAAAAAGAAAUAAACAAUUUUUUCCAUUUUUCAUCCACAA